AUGGCAGAAGUCAUGUCCCGGCCACGGGAGGCCGAUAUGGAAAGGCUGGUCGAAAACACUGACGGAAGAAUGGCCAUCCAGAACAUCCCCAAACCUCAGCGGCGAGGUCCAACCGCCAUCCUCUCGAAAGCCGACAAGGAGGACCAGAAGCGACUGGCUGAGGCGCGGAAGAAAUACGGUCGAGGGCUGCCGGUGCGAGUCAGCCAGGUCAAGGACAAGAAACUACGAGCGAACCUCAAACGGAUCGAAAGCAAGUACAAGGACGCUGCCCUUAACGCCAAAGACGCAGAGAUACUAUACGAGAACGAGGAGGGCUUCCUGCAACCAGAGAGCGAACUAGAAAAGACGUACAAAGUCAGCCAGAGCACCAUCAUCGAUGCGGUGUCUACACAACAAGCAGCCAAGUCGGCCGAGUUCAAACUUGAUAUGGGACCGUACAUAUCGGACUACAAUCGAAAUGGCCGCAGUCUACUUCUCGCUGGGCGGAAAGGACAUGUUGCAACGUGCGAGUGGCGUGAUGGCAGACCUGGCUGCGAGUUGAACCUCAACGAGACCAUACGUGACGCCAAAUGGCUGCACAACGACCAGUACUUUGCAGUGGCUCAGAAGAAAUACACAUAUAUCUACGACCAUCAUGGCGUCGAGAUCCACUGUUUGAAAAAGUACGUCGAGGCGAGUCAUCUCGAAUUUCUGCCGUACCACUUCCUGCUUGCUGGGAUCGAGAACAGCGGAUUUCUUCGAUAUACAGACACAUCAACCGGGCAGAUCGUGGCAGAGCACCCAACUCGAAAAGGUGCUCCAACAUCAAUGGCUCAGAAUCCAUGGAAUGCAAUUCUUCACGUCGGACAUCAGAACGGGACGGUCUCGCUGUGGUCACCCAAUUCGACAUCCGCGUUGGUCAAAAUGCAGACGAACUUUGGACCUAUUCGAUCUAUUGGAAUCGACCGAUCUGGUCGAUAUAUGCUGACAGGCGGGCAAGACUUGCGGCUGAAGUUGUGGGAUAUUCGUGCUUUGAAGGAAGUACAUUCGUACAGCACACGGCAGCCUGCGAGCAGUAUCUCCAUCUCGGACCGCGGGCUGGCUGCAAUCGGGGCUGGUACGGGCGUCACUGUCUGGAAGGAUCUAUUCACGACGCCACCAUCAGCCGAACCAAACAAAGCUCAGUCACCCUACCUAUCAUGGGGCGAGCAGGGGCUGCCCAUCUCCAGAGUCGACUUCUGCCCAUUCGACGACAUACUGGGCAUCUCGCAUGCCAAAGGCUUCUCCUCGGUCAUUAUCCCGGGAGCAGGCGAAGCCAACUAUGAUGCACUAGAAGCCAAUCCAUACGAGACCAAGAAACAGCGACAAGAGUCCGAAGUCAAGUCGCUGCUUAACAAGCUGCAGCCAGAAACUAUCGCGUUGGAUCCAAGUUUUAUUGGAUCCUUGGAUACCAGAUCUCAUGAGCAGCGGAUGAGAGAAAGGGACCUCGAUACACCAGCAGCAGACCCGUUGGCCAAGCUAAAAGAGCGCAAUCGCGGCCGGGGCAAGAACAGCGCGCUACGACGACAUAUGCGUAAGAAGGGCGGCAAGAAUGUCAUCGAUGAGAAGCGCGUGAGGAUGGAAGAGAUGAAGCAGGAGAGGGUCGACGCGCGGAAAGCGAAGACGGAGCAAGAGAAGAUGCAGCUCGGUCCGGCAUUGUCGAGAUUCGUCGGGGCUAAGCGUUAA